GCAAGGGAAGAACCUUGUAAAUUAAGGCAUGUAUAAAUACACGGGAAUGUGAGUAAGUUAUCAUUCACAUCUUGUGCAUUGAGAAGCUUUGAGAGAAACGUUUUCAGCCAAAAUGAAGUCAAUUUGCCUUUUCCUUGCCGUUGUAUACAACGUUGCUGCUCAAGAGUUUAUGCAUCCUCAGAUUGUUUAUGAUAACUACCCCGAUUGGUACAUACAACCACAAGAGAGAUACCGCCGUGACGUCACAGUAGACCGCAAAGUUGGAGAGAACGGUCGCGUCUUUGGUACUCUGGGCGCUAAUGAUGCUGGCUUGUUUGGUAAAGGCGGCUAUGACCACCAGAUCUUCAACGACGACCGCGGCAAGUUGAACGGCCAGCUCUCCGGUACACGUGUACUUGGUCCGUACGGUGAUUCUUCUCAUCUUGGUGGCGGGUUGAAAUGGGAGAACUCGAACGCAGCUGCGUCUUUGGAUAUUAGCAAGCAGAUACAUGGGCGCACUUCGCUCGACGCAGCAGCUGGCGGGAAAUGGCCGGUCGGUAAAAAUGGCGACUUCUCACUCCAAGGGACAUACAAUCAAAUGUCAGGCAUGAGACCCGACUAUGGAGUGAUGGGAAACUACAAUUACCGGUGGUAGAAAUAAAUGUAAUGAAAUUAGUAUUAAAUUGAGUAUUGUAUA